GAAUACUAUAUGAACACUGUAACCAUGCAUGCUGCGGAAUGAAAUCUGAUAAUACACAGGAAACUUACAUUCUUUUCUGUGUACAGAGGUAAUGGAGUGUGUCAGGCCAGUAAAUAUCUUGCUGUAAGGUAGAUUAGUGGUGUACAGUGUUCGUCAGGAGCUGAAGGCAACACUUCUGUCUUAGUAUUACUACUGCUAAGUGGAGAAUUCAGUUUUGUAUAAUAGAUUUAGUGAAGGAGAAAGUGGAGGAUUACUUUACAGCUGAAGCAUAUCAGCCUAACAAGUUUUGAUGCAAAAUUAUCAGAAUUCUUAACAGACAAUGCAUCAUGUACAGAUUUAAAACGAUGAGCCAAGGAACGGAAACUUAAAAAUAUUCCACUAUUUCCAAAAGUUUUGAAAAAAGUGUUCUACCAUUUGGAGUUAAGAAGUUAUAAAACUAACGAGGCUGUGGAGAUAUGUGAACAGAUGUGUUGCUCUGUAGCAAUGAUAGUCGGAGGAAUGUAAAACCACAGGGUUGACAUAGCAACUUUGUUCACAGGGAUUUGUUUUAUCACCCCUUCCAGGCUAUAUACACUUGGAUUAAAGAGCAACACAGUAUGGAUAGUCGACCUGAUAACUUCCAGGGAUUCGAGGUGGAUCACCUGGCCACAUAUACCUCCAGUUCAGGUGCUAUGACUGUGGAGGAUGGUCUAAGGAAGCUGAAACACAUGGAAAGCACAACCGGUAUCUGGACAAUGAGAUGCCUGAUGGUUGUGGAGGCCAGAGACAUUGUCAUCAUAGACAAAGGCAAUGGGGAAGAACAGGAGAGGUUCCCACUAUCAUCUGUCUUGGAGCCGACUGCAGUGGUAGACGACAAGAACCACGAAGUCUACUCAAAUCUCAUCCUGUUCACAGUCAAGGAGGACCCGAGAAACAAAUACUCACCUUCAGACAUGCACAUCUUCCAAAGCACAGAAAAAAGGGCCCCACAUAUUGUAGAUGAAAUACUAGCAGCUAAGGAUGGUCGCCGACGUCCAAACCCUGGUGCAAAUGGCGUGCCACCAAGACCUCAGGGUCCAGCCCCUAACCCUCCCUAUGACCCUCCUCAGUCUCAACAAGUCGGCAACAACUAUCAGUCCUCUUCCAAGACUUGGGUUGACCAAGAUUUCCACAAUGCCACCCUACCCGAUUACGGUGGGAGUAGCACUGUGGCUAACUAUGCGAGUUCCAGUGUGAGUCAGAGGCCAGGCCUGGGCCAGUCGAUGAACCCACGUGCAUCCUUCUUGCCAAACAUGGACGACUCCGGACAGAAUGAGGUGCUGGAGCGAGAUGUGCAAUUACUGAAUUGCUGUUUUGAUGACAUUGAGAGAUUCGUCUCAAGACUCCAAGCAGCAGCUGAGUCGUACAAAGAACUGGAAAGACGCAAGAGAGAACGUAAUGCCAGAAGACACAAAACACGUGGAGGAGAGGGAUUACUGAAUAUGAAAGCCAGACCCCCUCCAGCGGAGGACUUUGUUGACAUUUUCCAGAAAUUCAAAUAUGCUUUCAAUCUGUUGGCCAAAUUGAAGGCACAUAUCCACGACCCUAAUGCACCGGAGCUGGUCCACUUCUUGUUCACACCCCUCAGUCUGAUCUUUGAGGCAAGUCGUGACCCGAUACAUGGCGGGGCUGAUCUAGCAAAUCAUGCCCGCUUCCCUCUCCUCGCUCCAGAGUCGAAACAACUCCUUCUGAAUUGUCUGACCUCAAAAGAACUGGAAUUAUGGCAGGCCCUUGGCCAUCACUGGACAACAAACAGGGAUGAGUUUAGCGGACCAGUAGAACAGUACAACCCCCGAUUCUUCAACGGCUGGACACCUGCCCCACAGGUAACCUCGGACCACAAUCGGAUGAUGAUGGAGGCUGCGGUCAACAAUAUGGGACAUCAGAUUGAACGGAGGAACAGGGCUUACCAGGCACCUGAGGUUGAUGAUUUAAUGAUGCCAUACCCCCGGCCAGAUGGGCGGAGUUUCCGACCGGUGGAGCGACCGGACGAGAGCGAGGAUAUGUAUGCAAGGUCAACAAAGCCAUCAACACAGCCUCCCCCAGGGGCCAUCCCCAACACUAACGUAGCACAGUACCAGGAAUAUGUAGAGAAACACAUUGAUAGAAAUAAAGGAAUUCAUCAAUCAUCGCGACCCAGUCCGACCCCAGCUAAACCAAAGAACAGACAAGAGGAAAAUCUACAGUUCACUAAGGAUCUUCAGAGUCAAAACAAAAUAAUGUACGAAAUUGUACAUGAGCGAGAAGGCCGAAACGAGAAGGAAAUAACCGUGCAGAAAGGAGACAUUGUAGAGGUAAUAGACAGCAGUCGUAAUUGGUGGAAGGUUAGAAAUUACCUCGGUGAUCAGGGAUAUGCCCCCUACACAAUAAUGAAGGAAUAUACCCCCCCCUCAAACUUCGGAGCCGACCGGAAUGACUUCAAUAACAGACACAGCGGAGACUACAAUAGUUCUAUCGCACCACGCCACAACAUUCCCGCACCUCCACCCAUGCCCCCAGACGUCCGUAUGGGAGCUCGUAGAGACAGCGAUAAGCGUGUCGAGAGUUCUAGACAAGGUAGCCACAGGAGGAAUGACAGUAGCGACGAAAAGACCAACGACAGGAGAGACGGACGACAAGACCGAGCGCGGGAAAAAAACGACCUGUCGUUUGGAAGUCAUAAUGAUAGUAACUACAGUAGCAGUAACGAGGACAGCUUCGAUCGUGACGUCACUUGGGAUAGGAACGGAGACAGGUACGACGACAGGCGAGAUGGACGACCUCACGAGGACAGGCGAGAUCGACGAGAUGAUAGACGAGACGAGAGGAGACAAGAAAGACCUCCAAAUCCGGUCCCGCCUCCACCUCCAACAACUAGACCGCCAGCGAUUAAAAAGAAAAAGCAACCUUCUGUUAAGCCAAAACCAGCUCCGAAGAGCGACCUGCACGAUGAACUGAAGAAAAGAGUGAGUUCGCAAGUCCUGGAGCUGCCAAAGGGAACGAUAUACAUAUCUAAAUACUCGGAACCAGACGAGGUUAAAGACUGGCUACUCACCAAGGGCUUCGGCAGGCACUGUAUAAAAACAUUUGACGGGUACAAUGGUGAGGAGCUGUUCACCUUACAUAGAAAGGAGAUGAACCGGUUACUAGAAAAAGACGAGGCACACAAACUUGAAAGCAUGCUGUUGGUUCAAAAGAAAAUCAGCAACUAUGGCACGAGAGGUGGUUCGGAACUAAGGAAGAUCCUCGAAGAUCGGAAGAAGAAGGCAGAGACGUCGUCGUCUGCACACAUAGGCAGUCCUCCGUCGUUUGCCCCCGAAUCCCCAGAUUACAGUGAUGAGGAUUCUGACAGUUCUGAUGAUUUAGCUAACGCUGGGAAGACAUUGAGAGCGAUGUUACAGCAACGCAGGAGAAAGAUUCACACCACCACAUACCAACAGGACGGACACGAUUAAUGUGUUGUGAUUAAGUACACAUGUGUCGUUAUUUGAUACAUAUGUGUUUAUGAUUCAGUACGCAUGUGUUAAUGUGAUUCAGUAUUUCAAAGAGAUGUGCACUUGACAUUUUAUUAAAAUAAUCAUUAAAAUAAUUUUAAGUAACGCCUGUUAAAGUAAUAAUCAUAUGCCAAUUAAUGCACUAAAUUUACUGCAAGUUAUGAACUAAUAUUCGAUAACAAAUAUAGGUUAUAUGGUAUUUGAUAACAAAUAUAGGUUAUACGGUUUGUGUAAAAUGAAAACUAAACUAUUUGAACUAAUCUUGUGAACGUCAUUUAGUAGCAUAUAAAUGCACAGAUACUACUGGUUUGAUGUGCACGUCCUCUUUUGAAACAUUUGACAAUACCAUAAGUCAAUCCGAAUCAAAUCAGCCGCCAGCAAUCCGAUUGUAAGUAUUUUUGAGGACAUAUUGACCAUUUUCUUUAAGAAAGUGUUCUAGUAACCCUACUGCCUUACAACCGAAGCACUUGCUGGGAACGAGGGUUGUUGUCUUAAUUGUGAGAACAAGGAUGGCUUGACUAUAAGUGGCUAGAUUUCUACUGUAGAUGAAGGAGGGUAGAUUAUCUACUGUAGAUGAAGGAGGGUAGAGUAUCUACUGGUGAUGAAGGAGGGUAGAUUAUCUAUUGGUGAUAAAGGAGGGUAGAUUAUCUACUGUUGAUGAAGGAGGGUAGAUUAUCUACUGUUGAUGAAGGAGGGUAGAUUAUCUACUGGUGAUGAAGGAGGGUAGAUUAUCUAUUGGUGAUGAAGGAGGGUAGAGUAUCUACUGGUGAUGAAGGAGGUUAGAUUAUCUAUUGGUGAUGAAGGAGGGUAGAUUAUCUAUUGAUGAUGAAGGAGGGUAGAUUAUCUACUGGUGAUGAAGGAGGGUAGAUUAGCUAUUGGUGAUGAAGGAGGGUAGAGUAUCUACUGGUGAUGAAGGAGGUUAGAUUAUCUAUUGGUGAUGAAGGAGGGUAGAUUAUCUACUUGUAAUGAAAGAGGGUAGAGUAUCUACUGGUAAUGAAGGAGGGUAGAGUAUCUAUUGGUGAUAAAGGAGGGUAGAUUAUCUACUGGUGAUGAAGGAGGGUAGAUUAUCUACUGUUGAUGAAGGAGGGUAGAUUAUCUACUGUUGAUGAAGGAGGGUAGAUUAUCUACUGGUGAUGAAGGAGGGUAGAUUAUCUACUGGUGAUGAAGGAGGGUAGAUUAUCUAUUGGUGAUGAAGGAGGGUAGAUUAUAUACUGGUGAUGAAGGAGGGUAGAGUAUCUACUGUUGAUGAAGGAGGGUAGAUUAUCUACUGUUGAUGAAGGAGGGUAGAUUAUCUACUGGUGAUGAAGGAGGGUAGAUUAUCUACUGGUGAUGAAGGAGGGUAGAUUAUCUAUUGGUGAUAAAGGAGGGUAGAUUAUCUAUUGGUGAUAAAGGAGGGUAGAUUAUCUAUUGGUGAUGAAGGAGGGUAGAUUAUCUACUGGUGAUGAAGAAGGGUAGAGUAUCUACUGGUAUUUAAGGAGGGUAGAUUAUCUACUGGUAAUUAAGGAGGGUAGAUUAUCUACUUGGAAAGGAGGUGGCUGAAAUAUCUACUUGGAAAGAAGGUGACUGGCUUGUCCAGACUCCAUUGUACAUAUAGAUUCCACUGUUAUAUAUAUAUAUAUAUAUCACAAUUAUUUAUCCAUUCAAAUAAGGCUGACAAAGUUGUGUGAUGUUUCAUAAUAAUCUAUAACCUGUCUCAUUGCUAAUCCUGCUAAAAAUCUGUGUCAUUAAACGAUAUUGAUUUGUAUAUAACUUCCUGUGUGGUUUCGGUGUGAGAGUUAUGUCAGAUUGUAAAUGUAUACCUGUAAAUAUUACCUAUUGUUUGCAAUUUGUCGUAGUUAUUGGCAGCAUAUUCACAUUUAGUGCUGUGACAUCAUACAAAAUAUUUCAAUGCUUAAACUAUUGUUUUUAUCGGACUUGCAAAGUGAACAAUUAGCACCGUUUUCGGUUUCGAAAAGAAUACAUUUUGACUUUGUUAAAUUUAAGAUGGUUUACUUGUUAAAAAAUGGAAUUUUCCUAAUCUGAUUAUUUCCUUUGUUAUCAAUUACACAAACAUCAGGUUAUAAGUUUGUGAUUAUGAAAGGCUCCAAAGCAAUCAAGGUACUAUAAAUUAUGUAGAUCUACUUUCAUAUGUUAUGAAUACAAAAGUAAACUCGCGAUGUAAAACAUCAUAAGUUCACAUAGUUGUAGACGCCAAUUAAUGGUAAGCCUUAUAGCUUCCUAGGGCGCAUUUUGAUAUAGUUAAAAACUUUGAUUGUAUUUACACUUCCGGUGCGCUUGAAUCCUAGGUAUAAUCAGGUGUGAAGAUUGCACUGAGCCUCGAAUUGGAACUGACCUUUGCUUCAAUUGUUGUCAAAAGAAUUAUGUGUGAUGUUUUUCAUAUACGGCAAUAUAUACAUAUCAGAAAAACAUUCAAAGUCCUUGUGAUGAUUAAAUAUAAUAAACAAAUACAAAAGAGUUUCAUAGACCUCCCUAGCGCUCUCACCUGUUACCCGGGUGAACCCCCAAAGAGGUGAAAGUGCUAGGGAGGUACUAAGAAACUCUUUGUAUUUUUAUGGGACAUAAAUACCAUAUAUAGAUAUAUAGGGUUGACAGGUUUCUUCUUUAGUUAUGUUGUCGAUUGUAUGUAUUGUAUUGUAUAUAUAAGUUUACACGAGUGUAAUAGAUUGUAUUGUAUUGUAUAUAUAAGUUUACACGAGUGUAAUAGAUUGUGUGUGUUACACGUGCUUUGAUGUACUUAAGGUAGUUGAAACGUCGUUAAGUUACUGUUACUUAAGUUUGUAUCUAACACUGUGGCUUUGUACCAUAAGUUGAAAUACGUAACAAAUGUUUUCACUUGUCUGAUCAUUUAGACUCAGCGUUAUUACUAUUGGUUUAUAGGUCAUCAAAAACGUCAGGAUCAAUGGUUGUGAACUGUUUUGACAAUCAAAUCUGUUUAUUUAUUUACAAUUUUUUCUGGUAAAAUCAUUAGAGAACUUGUUUAUCGUUGGUAUUUUGUGGUUUUAUUAUGUAGACGGAUGCAUUGUUGUUUAUAACUAGUGUUGUUAUCCCUGGCUGGCCAGAACGUUAACGAUCAAACUUGAUUAGAAACGCCAAAUGUUAUGGUAUACUGUAGAUACUUCAUGUGCUGUAAAUCCCGCCAUUGUAACAUUUUCCGCCAAACCAAUUAAAAAGACAUUGAUGAUGUUGAGUAAUAAAUGAAACUUUGGAAAUCAAAUUGCAUAGAACUUCCCACAAAAUACUCCCCAGAACACUUCAUCGUCAGUUCGAAUAUAACAUAUGCACAUUAGCCAAGCUUUAAUGUAAUCAAUUUCUACUUUGGAAGACGACAUAAGGAAAGCGAAAACCAUUAUCGGUUUAUAUUUCUAUGUUAAAAUUGCCACUAUAACGCAACUAAUAAACACAUUAUUUUUUGACAGGUUUUAGUUUUGGUUUAAUGUUACCAUUCCGUGGAGGUGUCAUGUUUGUAAAGUUUCAUUAUUCAUAUGAUUUUUUCUGAACUGUCCAGUCUAGUGAGGAUUGUCAUUUUUUCUGAACUGUCCAGUCUAGUGAGGAUUGUCAUUUUUUCUGAACUGUCCAGUCUAGUGAGGAUUGUCAUUUUUUCUGAACUGUCCAGUCUAGUGAGGAUUGUCAUUUUUUCUGAACUGUCCAGUCUAGUGAGGAUUGUCAUUUUUUCUGAACUGUCCAGUCUAGUGAGGAUUGUCAUUUUUUCUGAACUGUCCAGUCUAGUGAGGAUUGUCAUUUUUUCUGAACUGUCCAGUCUAGUGAGGAUUGUCAUUUUUUCUGAACUGUCCAGUCUAGUGAGGAUUGUCAUUUUUUCUGAACUGUCCAGUCUAGUGAGGAUUAUCAUUUUUUCUUAAGUGUCCAGUCUACUGAGGAUUUUCUGUCGCUCCAGUAGCACACAUUUCACCUCCAGUAUUUGUCUUUCCUUUCGGUUUUGUAUCUUCUCAGUUCCUGUUGUUGUUUUUACUUUUGUAUGAUGUCCUGUUGUUGUCAUUCCUUUUGUUUUUGUCUCCGCUCAAUUCCUAUAGUUGUCUUUUCUCAUGUCCUGUUGUUGACUUUUGUGUGCUGGUUUCCCCUCAGUUCCUGUUGUUGACUUUUGUGCUGGUUUCCCCUCAGUUCCUGUUGUUGACUUUUGUGCUGGUUUCCCCUCGGUACCUGUUGUUGACUUUUGUGCUGGUUUCCCCUCAGUUCCUGUUGUUGACUUUUGUGCUGGUUUCCCCUCAGUUCCUGUUGUUGACUUUUGUGCUGGUUUCCCCUUCAGUUUCUAUUGGUGUCUGUCCUUUUGUUUAGGUAUCUCUCCAGUUCCCUUUUUUCGUAUUUCCUGAUUUUUUCAUAUCAAUUUUUGAGAUAAGAUUAUGUCCCUGUGAUUUGUCAUACAUCUUUUAUUUCUUAUAUAUAAAACCCCAGUGCACUUAUCAUUAUACAAAAGUUGUUUUCAUAAUGUCUUUUAAAAUCCCUGUACAAUAUACAUUUUUGAAGGUUUUUAAAAAAAAAUAUUUUUCAAAAUAUGAAAUGUGUCGUUGACAAUGUAAAUGAGUUCUCUGCCUUCCAAUGUGUAAUUUAUAUAUCAGGUGCAAUCACGAAAACCCCGGCACUUAAUCAUCAAGUACAUUGUACAUUAUUUUUGCUGAAGUAAUCAUUCUUGCCAAAUUAAGUUGAAUUCUAUCAAUUUAUAAUACUAUUUUAUCAUCAACUACAUUAUUUUUGCUGAAGUAAUCAUUCUUGCCAAAUUAAGUUGAAUUCUAUCAAUUUAUAAUACUAUUUUAUCAUCAACUACAUUAUUUUUGCUGAAGUAAUCAUUCUUGCCAAAUUAAGUUGAAUUCUAUCAAUUUAUAAUACUAUUUUAUCAUCAACUACAUUAUUUUUGCUGAAGUAAUCAUUCUUGCCAAAUUAAGUUGAAUUCUAUCAAUUUAUAAUACUAUUUUAUCAUCAACUACAUUAUUUUUGCUGAAGUAAUCAUUCUUGCCAAAUUAAGUUGAAUUCUAUCAAUUUAUAAUACUAUUUUAUCAUCAACUACAUUAUUUUUGCUGAAGUAAUCAUUCUUGCCAAAUUAAGUUGAAUUCUAUCAAUUUAUAAUACUAUUUUAUCAUCAGGUAUAUUAUUUUUCGAAAAAGUAAUCAUUCUUGCCAAAUUAAGUUGAGUCCUAUCAAUCUAUAAUGCUAUUUAAUCAUCAGGUAUAUUAAUUUUUGCUAAAAUAUUUGUUCUUGCCAAAAUAAGUUGAAUACUAUCAUUUCAAGUUUUCCCGUUUCAUCUCCAAACUCGACGCAAAUGUUAACAUAGCUUAUGCAAAUUAUCACCAUGGUGAUUUCUCUAUAUCUUUAUGACAUAUUCAAAGGGUGCAGGGAAUAUAUGUGUAACGAGAGCUGAGCCUUUGGAUAUUCCAAGAUGAAGCAUCUACAGAUUUAAUGCAAAUCUUGCUGAUUUUUCUUAAGAUUUAGUAAUUAGUAGUUAACCUGUCAUAAUGCCCAUAUAUUUACUAUGAUGAACAGCUCCGGCCAUCAAUCUUAUAUGUAUAUGUAUAAACAUUAUAAUAGCAAUACAAUUUUAUCGAUGCUGUUAUUCAGAUUAAAGAAUUUUCAACUGUA